AUGGUGUUUGAGAAACUCAUCUCCAUCUUCAUCCUCAUAUUGGUCUUCUUCUCUUCACCAACACUAGUAUUUUCAUCAUCUCAUUACAAUUUCCCAAUAGCUAAGCCUAAUAAUCCCAACUGCAACGAUACAUGCGGCGACAUACAAAUCCCCUUCCCUUUCGGCACCACACCCGAAUGCUCCUUCGCAAGACAAUUCCGUCUCACUUGCAACCGCACAGCUUCCGAUCCUCCGAAGCUGUUAUGGUGGAACACGAAUUUCGAAAUCACAGACAUAUCCCUCGACGGCCAGUUCACGCUCAUGAAGACCAUAGCGCACGACUGUUAUCAUAGCAACGGAGUCCAGUCCUCCAAUUUCAGUAAUAACGGGAUUCGGCUUCGUCCCCACUUCACGCUCAAUAAUACCGCGAAUAAGUUCACUGUCUUGGGGUGUUCUGCCAUCGCUGCUUUUACGGGGAUUAGUCUCAACCAGACCUUUAUUACGGCCGGUGCCGCCAUGUGCAGUUCGCAGGCUGAUUUGAGUGAAGGGACGUGUAACGGUGCGGGCUGUUUCCAGACUGACAUCCCCACCGAUGUGUCGGAGUAUUAUGUUGUAAUCCAGAGUCUUAGUAAUUAUACUAAUACUUAUAGCUUUAGUAACUGCACUUAUGCGUUUGCUGUUGAGAGGUCUGCAUUCCGAUUUUCCAAGGAUAAUCUAACAAACUUGUUGCCCCGUCAAAGACUUCCUGUGGUGGUUGAUUGGGUCAUCGGGAAUGGCACGUGCCAAGAGGCUCGGAGAAAUGCCACUAGUUAUGCUUGCGUCAAUGCAAACACAACCUGCUACGACCCCACAAAUGGCUAUGGCUACCGUUGUCGUUGCGAGGAUGGGUUCGAAGGAAACCCAUAUCUACCUCAAGGGUGUAUAGAUAUUAAUGAAUGCUUAAAUGAUAAUUUACAUGAUUGCAACACGAAAGCAUCCUGCACCAAUAACAUAGGCAAUUACACAUGUACUUGUCCCGAAAAUUACGAAGGAGAUGGAAAGGGUGAAGAUGGAUGUAAGUGGAAGUCGCCCAAAGAUAUGAAGAUUACUUAUGUCUUAAUUGGAGUUGGCUCCGGGGUCAUUUGUCUACUACUUAGCACCAUCCUCUUUUACUUAGAGCACAAGAGAAGAUCACAUAAUAAGAUGAAGCGGAAAUUCUUUCACCAAAACGGUGGGUAUAUAUUACAAGAGAAGCUCGCUAAGAGAGAAGCGUCACCAGAUAUGGUCAUCAUUUUCAGCUCAUUCGAGCUAGAAAAGGCCACCAAUAACUUCCACAACAACAUGAUCAUUGGCCGAGGCGGCUUUGGCACCGUGUACAAAGGCGUUCUAGUAGACAGAAGAACAGUUGCGAUCAAGAGGUCUAUAAGAGUUGAUCCCACACAAAUCGAACAGUUCAUCAACGAGGUAGUUAUUCUAUCUCAAAUUAACCACAGGAAUGUAGUAAGGCUUCUUGGUUGUUGCCUAGAAACAGAUGUUCCGCUUUUGGUCUACGAGUUCAUUCCCAAUGGCACCCUUUCUUUGCACUUGCACAAUGAGGCUAAGGCACGUGCCCUUGAUUGGAGCAUGCGUCUGAAGAUCGCGGCAGAAACUGCUGGGGUGCUCUCGUAUCUUCACUCUUCAACUUCUACUCCCAUCAUACACAGGGAUGUCAAGUCGGACAAUAUCCUCUUGGACCACAAUUUGACAGUUAAGGUGUCAGAUUUCGGAGCUUCAAAGCUUGUUCCAGUUGAUCUCGCCCAGCUAUCCACAGUGGUGCUGGGAACUUUGGGAUACCUUGAUCCUGAGUACAUGCAGACGAACCAGUUGACAGAGAAGAGCGAUGUUUACAGCUUUGGAGUUGUUCUGCUGGAGCUAGUCACGGGGCGUAAAGCAUUGUGCUUUGAUAGGCCCAUAGAGGAGAAGAGUUUAUCUAACUAUUUCCUUUAUGUACUCAAGGAGGAUUUGUUGGUAAAAAUUAUUGAUGAAAAAAUUGUAAGUUUGGGAAAUAUGGAGCAAAUAAAUGCGGUUUGUAAACUAGCGAAAGAGUGCUUAAAUGUGAAGGGGGAAGAUAGACCUAGUAUGAAGGAGGUGGCAAUGGAGCUAGAAGGGCUGAUACUGCGAGAGAAGCACUCGUGGGCCACAAAUGUUGACAACGAAGAAGAGAUGAAAUCUUUGAUUCCGAAUGAUCAUAUUGUUAACCAAUCAAUGGAGGAAGAUGAUAUUUUACUUUGAGCAUUUAUAUAUGUGUUUUGAUAUUCAUGUUGAUUGUGGUGAUCAAAUUGGUCUUUCGAUUUUAUGCAAUGAUCUUGUGUAAUUUUGUAUCAAAAUGUUUGUUUGAAUUAGUUGAUAUGUGGUUGUUUCCGUCA